AUGUCAGAGGCAGCGAUCCAAGAAGUUGUCCAAGAGCUCCUGGAGGGCUCAGGGGACCUGUCCGAGAAGGAUGACUGCGGGCUGCUCCACUUCCUAAUCCAGGGCCUUCGGAGCUCCAACGCCGGGGUUGCUGAGGCCGCAGCACAAGGUCUCCUGGCUCUUCUCUCUCGCAGCCAAAGCAACCGAAGUAUCAUCCGGGCAUCCUCGGCGGCUUCUGCUGCAAAGGCCAUGCACUUCCUGCGCCCGGAGCUGGCGGCCUUGGCGCAGAGGCUGUCCGACGAGCUGGAGCUUGAUCCGGAAGGUCCCGAAGCUCCUACGCAUGAGAUGGAGAACUGGUUGAGCUUCACAUACACCAAGGCAGAGCCUAUGGCUGAGCCUAAGGCAGAGCCUAAGGCGGAUCUGGUGAUAACCUUGAAGAUUAAGCUCAGCGAAGCCAGAGAGGCGGAGCUCUUGUCCAGCCACGGGUGGAGGGUCUGGCCUGGGGCGCAGGUGCUGGCAUCCUGGAUGGUGUCUCAACCAAGCUUCCUGGUGGGCCAGACUGUGUUGGAGGUCCAGUCUUGUCCCCUCAUACGAACCCUAUUAGGAGGGAUCAUGGAAAGUUGGAGCUUGAGUUUGGAAGAAUUCUUGGGUCAUGGUAUGGGCGGUAGAAUCUAUUGA